AUGGUUCAAUCCUCUAUCCUCGGUUUCCCUCGUAUGGGACGCCUUCGUGACUUGAAAAAAGCCACCGAGGCCUACUGGGGAGGGAAGCUCUCCCGUGAUGAUCUACUGGCUGAGGGCAAGCGCUUGAGAUUGGAGCACUGGCAAAUCCAGAAGGCUGCCGGCGUCGAUCUUAUUCCAAGCAAUGACUUUGCCUUUUAUGAUCAAGUCCUGGACCACAUUCAGCUCUUCGGAGUUAUUCCUGAGAGAUACUCCAAAUAUGGACUCAAUCCACUCGAUGAGUACUUUGCCAUGGGCCGUGGUCUGCAGAGACCCGCUAAGGACGGCGAGCCUGCUGUUGAUGUUCCCAGUUUGGAAAUGGUGAAAUGGUUUGACUCCAACUACCACUACGUCAAACCCACUCUUCAAGACAAUCAAGUCUUCAAACUCUCCUCCACCCCCAAACCUGUUGUCGAAUUCAAGGAAGCCAAGGACGCUGGCAUCAUUACCCGCCCUGUGAUCUUAGGUCCAGUAUCAUUUCUGGUCCUCGCCAAAGCCGACCGCGGCCAGUCAGUUGAGCCCAUCACUCAAUUGGAAAAGCUCUUGCCUCUUUAUGAACAGCUCUUAGUUCAGCUCAAGGAAGCUGGCGCCGAGACUGUCCAAAUUGACGAGCCAGUUCUCGUUUUCGACCUUGCCGCUAAAGCCAAGGCUGCUUUCAAACCAGCAUACGAAAAACUUGGCUCGCUUGGUGACAAGGCUCCUCGCCUUGUAUUUGCUACGUACUUCGGUGACAUUGUUCACAACAUUGACGUCCUCAGCCACCUCCAAAAUCUCUAUGCCAUUCAUGUCGACCUGGUCCGCAACCCUGAGCAGCUUGAGACUGUGAUUAGUGCCCUUGGGCCCCAGCAGACUCUCUCCGCCGGUGUUGUUGACGGUCGCAACAUCUGGAAGACAAAUUUCAAGAGAGCCAUCGAAACCGUUGAGCUUGCCAUUCAGAAGCUUGGCAAGGAUCGAGUUAUUGUUGCUUCCUCCAGCUCUCUCCUCCACACUCCUCAUACACUCGAAAGCGAGAAGAAGCUUGACCCUGAAGUCCGCGACUGGUUUAGUUUUGCCGUUGAGAAGGCUAGUGAAUUGGUGGUUAUUGCUAAAGCUGUCACUGAUGGCCCCGCUACCGUUCGCGAGCAGCUCGAAGCUAACGCCAAAUCUAUCCAAGCUCGCGCUUCAUCCAAACGCACCAACGACCCGAAAGUCAAGGAAAGACAGGAUUCUGUCACAGAAGAGAUGCACAACCGUCAAUCGCCCUUCCCGGAACGUAUCAGUCAACAACAAAAACACCUCAACCUCCCAAUGUUCCCUACCACUACAAUUGGUUCUUUCCCUCAGACUUCUGAAAUUCGAGUCCAGAGAAACAAAUUCACAAAGGGCGAAAUUACUGCAGAACAGUAUGAGAAAUUCAUUGAACAGGAAAUUCAAGACGUUGUCAGAAUCCAGGAGGAAUUGGAUCUUGAUGUCUUUGUCCACGGUGAACCUGAGCGGAAUGACAUGGUCCAGUACUUUGGUGAGAGAUUGACUGGUUACGUCUUCACCACACACGCUUGGGUUCAGAGUUAUGGCUCCCGAUGCGUCCGCCCACCAAUUGUUGUUGGUGAUAUUUCCCGCCCUGCUCCUAUGACUGUCAAGGAGUCCAAGUACGCCGCUUCCAUCUCCAAAAAGCCAAUGAAAGGAAUGCUUACUGGUCCAAUCACCUGUUUGCGUUGGUCUUUCCCUCGUGAUGACGUUCACCAGUCUGUCCAAGCUCAGCAACUUGCUCUCGCACUCCGCGAUGAAGUUGUUGACUUGGAAGCUGCUGGCAUCUACGUUAUUCAGGUCGACGAGCCUGCUCUUCGUGAGGGUCUCCCUCUCCGAUCUGGAAAGGAGCGUGAUGACUACCUAAAAUGGGCCGUGAAAGCUUUCCGCCUUGCCACUUCUGGUGUUAAGGAUAGCACUCAGAUCCACUCUCACUUCUGCUACUCUGAAUUUCAAGACUUUUUCCACGCUAUUGCCGCUCUCGAUGCCGACGUUCUUAGCAUCGAAAACAGCAAGAGCGAUGCUAAGCUGCUUAAGGUUUUUGUUGAUGAGAAAUAUCCUCGCCAUAUCGGUCCUGGCGUCUAUGACAUUCACUCUCCUCGUGUUCCAAGCGAGCAAGAAAUCAAAGAUCGUAUUGAGGAGAUGCUUCAGUAUCUCCAACCAGAUCAACUCUGGAUCGAUCCCGACUGUGGUCUCAAGACCCGACAAUGGACGGAAACCAAGGCUGCUCUCAUCAACAUGGUGAACGCCGCCAAAUAUUUCCGCCAGAAAUACGCCAAAUAA